AUGCCGACUAAUGCCCUCCGAUCCACAUUUAACAAUGUCCGGGUUGACGAAGAAGACGAGUUCAUUUGCGAUUGCGGCUUUCGGAUGAAAGACUUUCUCGUUCAGAAGAAAACAAGUCCUUACUACGGAACCCGGUUCUACGCUUGCGCGAAAUUCUCCCAAGACCCCACCCGCUGCCAAACAAAGAUAUGGUUCGACGAGCAAGAAUGUGUGCGAAGUUUAAUGCCACCAACAAUGAAAUCUCCUCGAACACCACGCAAGCAGGUCGAUAUCCGGAUAUUUGGGCAGUACACCCCUCCGACUACACUGAAGCGAAAGGCGGGCAUGCAGUCGUUUGAUAGCGGUGUUGGAGAUUUGGCGGACAAUGAACAUACUUCACCCUCUAUCUCAAGGUCUGCGAAGAAGCCGAAGCAGGGGUAUGUCGACGCGGCGACUCAGACUGGCGAUACCACUCUUCCAGCUCCAGCUGUUCGCUUUGCUCCGAGAGCCAUGCCGAGGAGACGACUGUUCGAUGAUGUUUUGCCGGCUCCAAAAAGCAAUCCUGCUACAGAAUUUGAUCCAUUCGCGUCAAAGGCCCUUGAUAGUGAUAGAAGCAGCUUCAGCUCUUCUAUGGCACCACCUGCUCGACAGUUACAACGUAAUUCGCCUUCGCCAGCGAAACCAAUCACCCCUCCCGGUAAACAACCGCCGGCAGUAGCGUCGACGACCGGCAAGUGUCGACGUAUGAAUCCUCCACGGACAGACAACCCAGCAAUACCCUCGGCCCUACAUGGUGGUAGAGCUGGUCUAUUCACCCAUCAAGCUGAAGCACACGCUCGAUCUUCUAGCGCUCCGCCGGAGCCCGAUGAACCCAAAACGCCGUCAAAAGGCAACAACAAAACUAGACACCUAUCCACAGAUAGUGACGAGGAUACAUACGGCUGGACCGAUGAUCUUGAACAAGACAUCUUUGAGGUCAUGGAUACCAUUGAGAAUCCACCAUUCAGUCCGUUAUUUGUCUGA